AUGGCCGUCCCUCCUGCAUACUCAGACCUGGGCAAGGCUGCCAAGGAUAUAUUCAGCAAGGGCUAUGGUGAGUUCUCUAUUUUAGACCUGAGAGUGAAUGAUUAACUUCCUGUAAAAAACCUGCUGUUUUUGUGGGUUUGGCUGUUCAACGUCUCUGUAGAUAGAAGUAGAUUUUAGGAGGUUGUUAGUUCCUGCAAAACUCUUGAAUUAACUCAUUUACCCUCUUUAUUAUUCAGUUAUCGCAAUAACUUCUUAUUAGCUAUAAGGUACACUGAAUAUACUGUUGGGUUUUUGAUUUAUGUCAAAUGCCAGAAAAUGUUAAAAAGUGUUAAUAACUGCAUCUAAAAUCUGAAAAUAAUGUCCUCAAAGGAUUUUUCAUCUCUAACCUGAAGUUGACGUUUAGGAGGAAAGAAGCUGAUUAAUUUGGAGAACGUAGUGACCUUUAAAAAGAAGGAUACUGCUCUCUGAUCAAAGGUCUUGCUUUGGGCCGAUCCUUUAUCUAAUGUUGUCAGAAACUCCAAAAAUCACUCUGAGUUGUUAAAGAAUAAACAUCUGCUUGUGGGAGUGCUGUGAACAGGCUCUCGUUUCAUUUCAAGUUCAAUUAAGUUUGUGAUCUUUUUCCAACACUUUUUAGAGUUUUCACCUGUUAAAAACUCUAGGAAAUAUUUAUAUAAAAAAGGUUCCUCCUUUAAAAUACCUGAAUUCUUUUCUGAGAAAUAAAAACAGUAAGGACACAGACACACUAGAUAUCGACAUGCAGACCAGACAAACAGAAAGGACCUCCAGUCAUUUGGAGCGAGACUCAAACCUCUGAAUGUUGAACCAGUGCUUCAUCACAACUGAUCUCAGACUGAAGGGGUCCAGUUUACUUCAUGCUUGUUCUUAAUGGUCAAAUAAAACCGUGUCCACAUGGUUUCGGAUUUGUCUUUGACCUCUGCUAACAAACUGUCUCCUGAAACCCUCCAGGCUUCGGUGUCGUGAAGCUGGACCUCAAGACCAAAUCACAAAGUGGAGUGGUGAGGAUUUUUCUUCUGUCUAUUCUUGUUCUGAUUCUUCUGUCUGUCUACCAUCUCCAUUCCCCCCGCCCCAAACUCCUUACACUGACCUCCUGACCCCUGCUGUGACCUGCAGUUUGAAGGUUUCCAGGUUCAUCCUGCGUGUGGGGCUGGUGCCGGCCUGCUUGGCUGAGCUUUUUGUCGCUCUAGAGAAACAUGACAAGCCUGAAUCUGUUUUUGUUUUUGUUUUCUUGGGCCUGUCUGUCUCUCUACCUGCCUUUCCUAACCGCUGCUCUGUCUCCAUGCUGCUGCCUCCUGGACUGCUCGCUCUCUAAUGUAGAUGGUAAGAUCGGUGUCAGAUCUGACUGCUUUUUAUGCACAUCAUAACGACCACCGUCCUGAUGUUCAAACUAACAACAUGUUCAUUUUUCUUUAUCGUCUUUGUGAUCAUCAGUCACACAGCAUGAAUAUUCAGCUGUUUUAUUUUCAUGGUUAUGUUUUUUGUUUUAUCACUUUUGACGUCUUUGAGUCUCAUUUGUUUGUCUGUUUAUUUUUUGGUGUUAUAACCCUGACCAUCAUCAUCAUCAUCAUCAUCAUCAGGCUUAGCUGUGAUUUACAUUCAGAGCUCAUUAACAGACGCUAAUAUGCUGCAACUUGACGGUAACCCCCAAUUUUCACCUCAUCCGAAACAGCUCUGAAACAGCUCCGAUCCGGGACGAUGGCGAUUUUCGCCGUCCGCCAAUUCCUACUGGAUCGGUUUGUGAGGCGAAUUUUUGGCGUAUUACAGACAGCAGGAAUUGUGAGAACUCACAAGAACCCACGGAUUGACAUGCAAUCGCGCGUUAACAAGUUGUCUCUUGCCACAUAGGCUAACCUUAUAAGCAGUAGAUUGUGUCCUUCCAGAGGAGGAAAUCUACUUCUAGACUUCUAGAAUCAGCAUCUACUCAUCCAUGGAGUCAACGGGGUGAAAUGACGUCUAAAAACCUUUCACUUGUGUUCCCGCCCUCAUUUGCAUGGUGUGAAAUACGAAACACCUGAAACACGGAGUGUUUUUUUUUUUUUUUUAAAGAAGCUGGAUGUUUUUAUUUUGUGUCUGUGCCCGACUUCCUUUCCAGCACGGGUUAAUCUGUGUUAAAUUUAUUCGGCAUGCUCCGGUAUCCGGAAAAAAAAGAACUCUUGCGAUCAGCUGUGGAGUCUUCAACGGAACAGAAGAAGCCGGUGGAAACCGAUACAUUAACUUGAGUGGUUACGAUCGGCAGAUACAGCCUUUUCUAAGCUGUUCCGGAUACGGUGGAAAUUUGGGGGUAACAUUCCUGCUGGAUUUAACAUGCUAGCAUCAUCAUGCUGAGUUGAAGAUCUGCACAAACAGUGAAUUGUGUUGAUGUUUCAGUCAGAUCUUAUAAAUGAUCCAAUUAACCUCAGUAUUAUCGUAGAUGACGUUCAGCUUUGAGUUCUCCUGUCAAGUUUAGUGGUCAGGUUACCACCUUCAGGUCUGUUUUCGUGUAACAGUAGAGAAACGUCAUGAGGAAAAACUGAAAAGCUGCAGAGUCUUUGCAGUAAAAUUAUCUACAUCUCCUGAGAUGAUUUUGGCUGAAUAGAUUCAGAGUUCCUGACCUUCUCAGAGAGCCGCUGCAGGGACAGGAAAUGAAAGGGGGGGAUCUUUCAGUUCAUGGUCUUCGUUUGACUCAGAACUCUCAAGAGGAGUCUUUGUUUUUGAUUUAGAAGAUUUAUAAUGUUUCUCUCAGUGGUCAGUAUUUGUGCCUGUUUUUAUGAUGAAGACCUGCAGGAUUUAAGAGUCCAAAAACAGGUCUUUUGAUUUUUAACCCUUUAAGGUAAAGAAAGUGUUGUUGACUUUUACAUGAAUUUCUUUACAUGAGCAAAUAAAGCAUAUAACUGACAGGAUACACUCAGUUAACGGUACCUCCUGGACCCGCUGCUGUGUGUCCGAAACUCUCCUGCUAAUCCGUUUACUCCUCUCUUUACGUAAAGGUCAGUGGGUAGAUGUAAACUCAGAAUCCAGAGUUUACUCUCUUUCAGGUUUUUGUGUCGGCUGUGUUCGGCUUUAGUUGAAUCUGCAGUUUGAAAAAUUAGAUCCACGAUGAUGAGGAGCAGAAACAACCUUCACCUGUCAGACUUUCUGUGUUGUCUUUUUUUUUAUCACGUGUCUGUGUUGUUCUGCAUGAUUUCAUGUGCAAAUGUUCAGAUGUGAGUGAUGUCCAUGACUCUGAUUGUUUGAAUUAUUUCUUUAUUUGGUUAGGGUUAAACUUUAAACCGAAGAAAGAAAGAGGAAGAAGAUUUAUUUAAAGAUUAGAAUAAGAAGUGAAAUUCAUGGUUCUGAGUUUAUCUUAUAGGAAAAGUUUCAUAUUCAGGAAGAUUUUACUAAUUUAACCAAAACUUAAUCAUAUUUGUAUCAUUGGUUUGUAUUUUAUUUACACAGGAGGACCCUCUCAGUUGGUUUCCUCCUUUAAAAUGUCGGUUUUUCUUUCAUUCAUGAGUUUUUCUCUUUACUUUUCUGGUUCUUUGGAUAUUUAGAGAUUCUUUGAAAGAUGUUUGCUUUUUGUCUUUUAUUUUGAAGAAGAAAAUAAUGUUAGAAUAAACAAAAAUUCAAAUUACAAAUGAAGGUGACCUCCUAAAGACUGUGCUCGUGACAUACAGUCAAACCUCUGCGGUGUCUCGGUCUAAUACUCCGUUAUCUUCACACUCUCUGAUCACCUCUCUUCUUCGGUCUAUAUUGACGGUUUCUCCUCCUGAUCUUCCUCCAGGAGUUCAACACAUCCGGCUCCAGUAACACAGACACAGGGAAGGCCUCGGGGAGUCUGGAGACCAAGUACAAGAUGAAGGAGCUGGGCCUGAGCGUCAACCAGAAGUGGAACACAGACAACACGCUGGCUACCGAGGUCACCGUGGAGGACCAGGUUUGUGUGCAAACGAUAGAGGCGCUUUGUUGAAGUCUCGCUCAGGUAUGUGGACGUGAAGAGAAGUGUUGACUCAAAGUUUUCUCUCCUCACAGCUGACUCAAGGACUGAAGGUGGCCUUGGACACGUCUUUUGUACCGAACACGGGGUGAGAAUACUUUAACGUGAUAGGAUAAAUGAAACGUGAAGUUAUCAGGAUAAACUUUGGGUCAGACCUGAUAGAGAGAGAGCUGGAGUCAGAGCAGAGAGUAGAAACCUCUGAGAGCCUCCUCUGGUUUGGCUCUGCUUGAUACGAAUCAGCUGCUGUUUUAAAUAACAUGAAAAUUAGACCUGUGCUGCUAAAACAAAGCUCAAAGAUUUAAGAUUAAAGUUCAACAAAUUCUAUAAAAUAGCGGCUCAGUUUAGUUGAAAACAUGUAAGAGGAAAGAGUGGACUUACUAAGGAGGAUUUUCAGCAGCAGAUUAACUCGUGUUGAAGGAUUUCCUCUCAGAAGGGAUUUCCAUGAUUUCCAGAAGAGCAAAAACCUGAACCAGAGUUGGACCUUCUUGUCUUUUUUCUAAAAUACAAAGUUCAGGACAUCUAAAAGCUCUUUUUUAACUCCUACAUUGAAAAAAACAGAUCCCCCCUCCCCCUCUCACUCUUUAGUAUCCGACAUAAACUCACAUUGCCCUUUAUUAACCUUUCAUCAGUAAGAAGAGUGGGAAGCUGAAGACGGGCUACAAGCGUGACUUUGUGAACCUGGGCUGUGACGUGGACUUCGAGGGUCCCAUCAUCCACGCAGCCGCCGUGCUGGGCUACGAGGGCUGGCUGGCCGGAUACCAGAUGGCCUUCGACACGGCCAAGUCCAAACUGGUCCAGAACAACUUUGCUCUGGGGUACCGGGCCGGGGACUUCCAGCUGCACACCAAUGUGUGAGUACUGGUCUGAGGAGGGGCAUGGGAUUUCUGCUGUGGGCCGCAAAAACUCUAGUCAUAUCAUCAUUAUCAUAAUUUAUUAAUUGACCCAAAAGAAUCAGGAGGAAAAAAAUCUGUAAGUUUUUCACAUCGAAGAAGUAAAAUGAGAGACGCUGACUCCAAAUGUUUAUAUCGGUCAGUAAGAACAGCUGGUCACUAAGUGACUCAUUGUUGCAGCUGUUUUUCUGUUUCUGUCUGACUUUCCAGGUUUUACCUCCAAUAUUCAGAAUUUAAAAAUCUUUAAAAGCAGAACAUAAAGGUUAAAGGUUUAAAUAAAGGACACUGUCUUCUUUCUGGUCCUCAGUAACGAUGGGACUGAGUUCGGCGGCUCCAUCUAUCAGAAGGUGAACGACGAGCUGGAGACAGCAGUGACUCUGGCCUGGACUGCCGGCAGCAACAACACUCGCUUUGGCAUCGCCGCUAAAUACAAGCUGGACAAAGACGCCUCUCUGUCUGUACGUACACAGAUUCUUCGUUUUACUGCGUGUUUGACUGUGAGAUAUCAGCUGUUUGUACAUGACUAAGUGUGCUUCAAUCCUCUGCAGGCCAAAGUCAACAACGCCAGUCUGAUCGGAGUCGGAUACACUCAGAGUCUGCGGCCAGGUACGUCAGGGUAACACUCAGUACGUUUACAUGACACUCGAGAAAACUGAAUUAUUGCCUUAUUCUGAUUUAAGGUCCUUACACACUGGGAACAAAGAGUUGAAUUUUGACGUGCGAUGUGAUUUUGCGACUUUGUGAAAAUACAUAUGGUAUGUUGUAUCUGAACAGGUUAGCUAAUGAGCUAAAGUUACUUAGCACAGAUGAAAGUUAAAACAAAGACGUUUAGCAAACUGUUAAAGCACAAAUUAUCGUCAUAUGAGAGAUCCGACGCUAUGACUCUCUACAAGUCGUCCUUCAGGUCAUUAUCUUUGUAAUAUUUGUAUUUUUUAUCAAAAAGCACUCUGUUCUCCGACACAUAAACAAUCAGCCGGUCGGCCAUGUUGGAUAUACCGGUGAAUCUGACGUCGCAACAACACGAUAUUUGAUUGGUCAGAAGUGGACACACAGUAUGCGAAACUUAAGCAAAAUCAACCGUGAUCCGAAAAAAUAAAUGCUGCAAUAUAACAGGAUGGGAAAAUCCUUUUUGUAGUACCAUAUUGAAUUCCAUUUUUUUUUAAAUUUCUUUUUUUUCUUUGCUCAUUUGCAUUAUGUUGAAUCGCAUCAUAUUGCAACAAAUUGCAUCAUAUCGUAUCGGAUCGCAUUGAUUUGAACUAAAUGAUUAUCGUAUCGCAUCGUGAAGAGGGUGAAUCGUAUCGCAUCGUAUCGCCAGAAAAUUCCAUGUAUCGGUAAAGUAUCGUAUCGCUGGCAGUGCAUCGAGAUGUAUAUCGAAUCGUCCUCAGUGCUGAGAUUCACACCCCUAGUGCACGUGCGCCAUGCCCUCGUAACCCCGGGAUAAAAACACCAGAGAAGCAGAGUAGCGUGCAUCUCAUCUGCAGAAAAAAUAGCGCUUACAACAUGCAUGAUAAAAACGAUGCCGUAUGAUGCUACAUCUUUUUGCUCUGACGCUUUGACAGUGACCAAUGAUUACACGCGCAAAUCUGAUGUUAUAUGUGUACACUUUGCUACGUGUAUCAUUGCAAAAAAAAGGAACAUAAAGUGCGAUCAACAAAAAUUACCGCUACCUAGGCUCACCUCUCCACCACAGUGCAGGUAAGAACGCCCCAUAUAUAACUUACCGGCUUUCAAACUCAGUGCCCGCGUGACCCAAGCCCAGCGAAACCAAUAGCAUCAAGACAAAAGUAAUUGAACACAGGAUAACUGAUAACCAAAGCAACAUUUUGGCUUCUACAGUGUCUGACAAUUCUGCUGGAUUCAUUGUCUCCUUUUAAAACGUGUCUGAACUCCUCAGAAAAAAAACUGUUUUUUUGUCCUGUAGGUGUGAAGGUGACCCUCUCAGCCCUGAUCGACGGGAAGAACUUCAACGCCGGCGGACACAAAGUGGGGAUGGGCUUCGAGCUGGAGGCGUAA